ACUCCAUACCUUUCAAUGUUUAUUGUACACGUCGCUUUCAUCUAUUAAUGCAUCAGAAAUUAGUUUUGACUUUUUAAUUUCUUUCCCUUUCUAUUUGACUUUUUCUAUAUACGUUGGUUGCCAUCAUAUUAUUCAGUUAGUCUUUACCGUUCUAAAACAUUUAUAUACUAUUCCAUUAGAGGUUAGAAGUUAGGGAAGUCAUAUUAACCAUGGCUUUAAUAUUUGCAACACUAGUAGUAGCUUCUAUUGUGUAUGCCUUGUAUGAGCUGCUAAAUGUCCAGAAGAGAAAAAAGUUUCCUCCAGGUCCAAGGGGGCUUCCCAUUUUAGGACAUCUUCAUUUGUUAGGGAAAAAUCCACACCAAGAUUUACAAAAACUAGCCAAGAAAUAUGGUCCGAUUAUGUAUAUGCGAUUAGGACUAGUACCUACAAUUGUUGCCUCAUCUGCUGAUGCAGUCGAAAAAGUCCUCAAGACAUAUGAUCAUAUCUUUGCUAGUAGGCCUCAUAACGAGGCAUGUCAGUAUUUGGCUUAUGGCCAGAAGAAUCUAAUAUUUGCAAAGUAUGGGCCUUAUUGGCGCAACAUGCGCAAAUUAUGCACUCUUCACCUUUUGACUAAUCAAAAGAUCAAUUCAUUUCAAUCCAUGAGAAGGCAAGAAGUUGAGCUUAUGAUCAAAUCACUUAAAAAUGAAGCUCAUGAUCGCCUUGUUGUUGAUCUUAGCGCAAAGGUUGCAUCCUUGAAUGCUGACUUGACUUGCUUGAUGGUGUUUGGGAAGAAGUACAUGGAUGAAGAUUUGGACAAGAGGGGAUUCAAAGCUGUUGUUCAAGAUGUUAAUCAUUUAGUUGCAACACCCAAUCUUGGCGAUUUUUUCCCCUACUUUGGUGUAAUUGAUCUCCAGGGACUCACUCGCCAGCUCAAGGAUCUUUCGAAGGUGCUAGAUGAGUUUCUUGAGAAGAUUAUUGAUGAACAUAUCCAGUCUCAUGACCAGAAGAAAUCCAAAGACUUUGUGGACACCAUGUUGGACAUUAUGCAAUCAGGAGAAGCUGAAUUUCAGUUUGACCGUAGCCAUAUAAAAGCUAUCCUCAUCGACAUGCUUGUUGCAGCAAUGGAUACUUCAGCAACAACUGUAGAAUGGAUACUAACAGAGCUUCUUAGGCACCCUCAUGUGAUGAAGAAACUCCAAAAAGAACUGGAAGUAGUGGUAGGCCUUGAAAGAAUGGUAAAAGAAUCAGACUUGGAGAAUUUGACGUACUUGGACAUGGUUGUAAAAGAGGGCAUGAGGCUGCAUUCCGUAGUGCCACUAGUGCCUCACGAGGCCAUGGAAGAUUGUGUAGUUGAUAGCUUUCACAUACAAAAGGGAUCUCGGAUCGUGAUAAACUUUUAUGCUGUUCAGAGAGAUCCAAGUAUUUGGCCUGAGCCUUACAAGUUUUUGCCCGAGAGGUUUGUUGGGAGCAGUAUAGACAUUCGCGGACGUGACUUCCAACUUUUACCAUUUAGCUCCGGUAGAAGAAGCUGCCCUGGAAUGCAGUUGGGAAUUAUCAUUGUCCGGCUUUUUGUGGCACAAUUGGUGCAUUGCUUUGAUUGGGAGCUACCACAUGGUAUGAACCCUUGUGAUUUGGACAUUGAUGAGCACUUUGGGAUGGUAACAUCCAGAGAAACGCCUUUAAUGGCUAUUCCUACUUAUCGACUAAACGAUGCUUAAUCAUCCAUGCCUAAUUAUGUUCAGAUGAUACCUCUUGGUCAAAAAAUUUACUUAUUAUGCAUGUGCUCCCUCCAUCCCAUUUUAAGUGUCUUAGUUUAACUGGACACAAAGUUUAAGGAAUAAAAAUAGACUUUUGAA